GAAGCGGAAGAGGCGUUUGGCGGAGAAGAAUCAUGGAGGCGGCUGUAUUCAUUGUGUCGCUGGUGGACUGUUGUGCGCUGAUAUUUCUCUCCGUCUACUUUAUUAUUACCCUGUCUGACCUAGAAUGCGACUACAUCAACGCCAGAUCCUGCUGCUCCAAACUGAACAAAUGGGUGAUUCCAGAGAUGGUUGGCCAGUGCCUGUCAACUAUGCUAAUGUUGGUCUCCAUGCACUGGUUUAUUUUUCUGCUCAACUUGCCUGUAGCAGCCUGGAAUAUUUACAGGUACAUCAAGGUUCCAAUGGGGAACCUGGGGAUCUUUGAUCCCACUGAGAUCCAUAACCGGGGCCAGCUCAAGUCCCAUAUGAAGGAAGCCAUGAUUAAACUGGGCUACCAUCUGCUCUGCUUCUUCAUUUAUUUGUAUAGCAUGAUCUUGGCUCUGAUCAAUGACUGAAGCGUCCUCUGAUCCACUGAGAAGAGAUGAUAAAGCCCAGACCCCUGGCUGAUUUCAUCGCCAUGUGGGGGACCACAGACCUGCUCUCAUUCUACUUGGACUCACUCCAUUCCUCCUCCUCUUCCUUUUAACUUUGAUAUAUCACACUUUAAUUACAAGGGUUUAAAAAAACCCAUCAGGAUCUGCAGGAAUGUUUUUACCGAAAAUUCAAGAAAAUGGAACUGUUUGAGUCCUUUUCAUUUUUUUCAAGUGUCUGUAUUCCUCACUAAAUGUAUCAAAACCUAUAAAACACUGAGUGAGAAGUGCUGGAGAAUUUGUUUCCGUCUCGGUGAACCACCAACAGGCCAUCGUGCACACUUUCACCUCUGAUCUGUACGUCUCCAACAAGUUUACAUUCAGUCUCACAGGACGCAAUGUCUUUGAUGUUCCGACGAGUUUGUGUUCAGUAUUGCAGGGUGUGAUAUCGUGCAGCAUAAGAGGUAAAGUGGUGCUAAUUCAAGUUGGGGCUACGCACUUAAUCUCCCAGUGCGUUAUGUAUUACCAAACAAGAAGUGUGACUACAACCAUUGCAGUUUGAUAAUUUCAGUAUAUUGUGGUUUGUUAGCUUUUUUCAACAUGAGUGCAUGGGGAAAGUUUAAAUAAGUUUUAUAUUCAAGUUUAAAUAUUCAUGUCACAUUUGAGUUGUUUUUUUUACGCAGAUCCAUAUUGCAUACUCCAUCAGGAAAAAAUUAAAACAGUAUUUGGAUGAACCUGCCUGACUUCUAAUGCAUCUUUAACUUCAGUCUUGGCUACUGAGAAAGAGGCUCAGAGUAGUUUAUUUCAGGUGGCUGGUUAACUGCUGCAUAAUUGGUUUAGCACCACAUUUGCCAUGGAGCAUCAUGCAAGAAUCCCAUUCUGCUGUGUUGAUUAAUAUUUUCUGUGCCUGAAGUGAAAAUUGGAUGUUACGUUGUGCCUCUACCAGUGAAACGGAUGGAUCAGACGGAUCAGCAGACCCAGAGGCCGUGCCGUGGCUGCUCAGAAUCCCUGCCUCAGCCACCACACAUUGGGCUCUCAAACGGGCCACAUUUCAAGUGUUAAACAUACAAAUAAAGACUCACUUCUGUCUUUAUUUUUUUUCUUUGGGUGCAAUUCCUUGAAAUAAAUAUUCAUCAGUGCUGAGUCUGAUUUUUA